CUACGGGGCGGAGCGCGCGGGAGGCGGAGCCGAGCCGGGGAUUCCUGCUCCCCGCGAGCGCCCGGCCCAGCAGAGCUGCCUGGCCGUCCAAGGGCCCCCGCGCUGGGGGCGGCGGGGAACCCCAGACGCCGCCGGGCCGGGAGGGAGCCCCACGCCAAGCGAGCCGCCGCCUCCGCCUCCGCGCCGCCCCCGUGCGGGCCUGUCUGGGGGUCCGACGCGUCUUCACUCCGCCCGCCGCCAGCCCCCGCGAUCCCGCCGUCCGCUCGCAGACCCGUCUCCUGCGCGCCAUGCAGCCACCGCCAGCCCCGCGCGCGUAGGCGCCCGCCGCAGGCCAUGCUGCCCCUGCUUGCCGCGCUGCUGGCCGCCGCCUGCCCGCUGCCGCCCGCCCGCGGCGGGGCCGUGGACGCGCCGGGCCUCCUCGGGGCGCCCCUCAACGCCUCGGUCAACGCGUCGUCCUCAGACGAGCCGGCCGCCCCGCGGUUGCUGGCCUCGGCUGCGCCCGGGGCCCCCGAGCGCCCGGAGGAGGAAGCGGCGGCGCCGUGCAACAUCAGCGUGCAGCGGCAGAUGCUGAGCUCGCUGCUUGUGCGCUGGGGCCGCCCGCGGGGCUUCCAGUGCGACCUGCUGCUCUUCUCCACCAACGCGCACGGCCGCGCCUUCUUCGCCGCCGCCUUCCACCGAGUCGGGCCGCCGCUGCUCAUCGAGCACCUGGGGCUGGCGGCGGGCGGCGCGCAGCAGGACCUGCGCCUCUGCGUGGGCUGCGGCUGGGUGCGCGGCCGCCGCCCCGGCCGCCUCCGGCCCACCGGCGCCACCGCCGGGGCGCCCACCGCUCUGCCCGCCUACCCCGCGGCCGAGCCCCCCGGGCCGCUGUGGCUGCAGGGCGAACCGCUGCAUUUCUGCUGCCUGGACUUCAGCCUGGAGGAGCUGCAGGGCGAGCCGGGCUGGCGGCUGAACCGCAAGCCCAUCGAGUCCACGCUGGUGGCCUGCUUCAUGACCCUGGUCAUCGUCGUGUGGAGCGUGGCCGCCCUCAUCUGGCCGGUGCCCAUCAUCGCCGGCUUCCUGCCCAACGGCAUGGAGCAGCGCCGGACCACCGCCAGCGCCGCCGCCGCCGCCGCCCCCGCCGCCGUGCCCGCGGGGACCACCGCCGCCGCCGCCGCCGCUGCAGCCGCUGCGGCCGCCGCCGCGGCCGUCACCUCGGGGACGGCGACCAAAUGACCCGGCCCGCUCCUUCCCGUGUCCGUUCCGUGUCCGCGCUCUCGGUGCCUUUCCCGCCGGGAGACUCGGCCGGUGUGCUUCGUGCUGUAGUGACCGUUAGUUCUUCGGGGGAGGGGACCGCCGAAGAGGCCCCAGCGUGUGGGAAAAGACAGGUUUGUGCCCCGCUUCUGGCUCCGAAAAGUAGAUGCAAGCCCUUGCCCUGCAGGGUGGGAUCCGCAGCUUGGAAGACGGAGAGGAGGGAAAUGGGGCCCCUUCCCCUUUUUUGCGCACCCUGCCCUCCUCCCUCCCCGCACCCACGUGCCCUAUAGAAAACGACCAAAUCCUGUGUAUUUGUUUUAUAUAUUUAAUAACUGUUUUAAAUGAAAGUUUUAGUAAAAAAAAAAUUAAAUUGCUAUUGCUGUAGUCAAAGAAGCUCUUUGUAUCUAAACAUAGUAUUUGAAAUUUGUUGUUUUUUAAUUUAUUUAAAAGGGGGGCAUGGGAAUGAUUUAACAUCGAUAUAUUGUUACCGCUGAAAAUGAACUUUAUGAACCUUUUUCCAAGUCGAUCUAUCCAGUGACGUGGCCAGAUGGGCGUUUCUUCUUGUACUCUGUGUUUUUUUUGGCUUUUAAUACAGACAUUUUCCUCCA